GGAGCAAAAGUAAUUGGGGCCUCCUAUGGAGGAACUCUGCCAACAUGGCAACUGCUUAGAUUUGCCAUCUCAGGAAUGGACGAAGGGGGCGGAGAUCCUUUGGGGCUUUUGUGCCCAGUGGGCCGGCCCGAAAAGCUCGUUUACAGAGGCGGCCAGACUAGGGUGGAGGAAAGCUCAAGGGCCAUCGCUGGGUGCUUCGGUGGCGGGCAGAAACGGGACUGGCAGUGCCCACACGUGCGUGUUCUCCGCGUCCGCCCGAAGUAGGAAAACUCGCUGCGGAGGUGGAGGGCAGGCAGGCGAAGCCCGAAGCUCGCUCAGGCCAGCCAGCCCCUGCACCCGCUGCGCCAACCGGGAGCAGAGCCGGAGAGCACCGAGAAGCGCGCAAGAUCCUGAUGGCUGACUCAGAAGCACUCUCCUCCCUUGCUGGGGAUCCUGUGGCUGUGGAAGCCUUGCUCCAGGCCGUGUUUGGGAUUGUUGUGGAUGAGGCCAUUCAGAAAGGAACCAGUGCCUCCCAGAAGGUCUGUGAGUGGAAGGAGCCUGAGGAGCUGAAGCAGCUGCUGGAUUUGGAGCUGCGGGGCCAGGGGGAGUCGCAGGAGCAGAUCCUGGAGCGUUGCCGGGCUGUGAUUCGCUACAGUGUCAAGACUGGUCACCCUCGGUUCUUCAACCAGCUCUUCUCAGGGUUGGAUCCCCAUGCUCUGGCUGGGCGCAUUAUCACCGAGAGCCUCAACACCAGCCAGUACACGUAUGAAAUCGCCCCCGUGUUUGUGCUCAUGGAAGAGGAGGUGCUGAGGAAACUGCGGGCCCUGGUGGGCUGGAGCUCUGGGGAUGGAAUCUUCUGCCCUGGUGGCUCCAUCUCCAACAUGUAUGCUGUAAAUCUGGCCCGUUAUCAGCGCUAUCCGGAUUGCAAGCAGAGGGGCCUCCGCACACUGCCACCCCUGGCCCUAUUCACAUCGAAGGAGUGUCACUACUCCAUCCAGAAGGGAGCUGCGUUUCUGGGACUUGGCACUGACAGUGUCCGAGUGGUCAAGGCUGAUGAGAGAGGGAGAAUGGUCCCCGAGGAUCUGGAGAGGCAGAUCAGUCUGGCCGAGGCUGAGGGUGCCGUGCCGUUCCUGGUCAGUGCCACCUCUGGCACCACUGUGCUAGGGGCCUUUGACCCCCUGGAGGCAAUUGCUGAUGUGUGCCAGCGUCAUGGGCUAUGGCUGCAUGUGGAUGCUGCCUGGGGUGGGAGCGUCCUGCUGUCACAGACACACAGGCAUCUCCUGGAUGGGAUCCAGAGGGCUGACUCUGUGGCCUGGAAUCCCCACAAGCUCCUCGCAGCAGGCCUGCAAUGCUCUGCACUUCUCCUCCAGGACACCUCGAACCUGCUCAAGCGCUGCCAUGGGUCCCAGGCCAGCUACCUUUUCCAGCAGGACAAGUUCUACGAUGUGGAACUGGACACUGGAGACAAGGUGGUGCAGUGUGGCCGCCGCGUGGACUGUCUGAAGCUGUGGCUCAUGUGGAAGGCACAGGGCAGUCAAGGGCUGGAGCGGCGCAUCGACCAGGCCUUUGCCCUUGCCGGGUACCUGGUGGAGGAAAUGAAGACGCGGGAAGGGUUUGAGUUAGUCAUGGAGCCUGAGUUUGUCAAUGUGUGUUUCUGGUUCGUGCCCCCCAGCCUUCGAGGGAAGCAGGAUAGUCCAGAUUACCACAAAAGGCUGUCGAAGGUGGCCCCUGUGCUCAAGGAGCGCAUGGUGAAGGCGGGCUCCAUGAUGAUUGGCUACCAGCCCCAUGGCACCCGGGGCAACUUCUUCCGUGUGGUUGUGGCCAACCCUGCGCUGACCUGUGCUGAUAUAGACUUCCUCCUCAACGAGCUGGAGCGGCUAGGCCAGGACCUGUGAGCCUUCUCCUCCUCACAGCUGGCCUUGACAUCACCCCUCAGAAUCACUGCAUUCCCUCCCUGUGCUCUCAAGAACAGCCUUAGAGGCCAGGCGUAGUGGCUUAUGCCUGUAAUCCCAGCACUUUGGGAGGCCGAGGCAG